CUAGUUCAUAUUUUCUAUGAAAGAGCUGCAUUGUAAUCAAAAUGAUGAAUUUUAAUAUAUGUGUAUUAAGCAUCUGUCUGUUGAUGACUUUGGUGUUGCAUCAAGAAGUGGAUGCUGGAUCAUGCCCAAAACUUGAAGGCAAGAUUCUUGACAACUUACUGGAUAUGAUGGUUGCCAUUAAAUCUGGAUCAUCAACACCACCAAAAUUAGGUGGAAGUAGUGAAAAAGAUAGACCUGCUUUUACAGCAACACUAAAAAGCCAUUUAAGUCUUUCUAAUGGUGUUGCAGUUAAAUUUGAUACAGUACUUUUGAAUCGUGGUCAAGGAUACAGUCCAAAAACAGGAAUAUUCACAGCAACAAAGACAGGACUAUAUCAAAUUUCUGCAACAGUCAUGUCCAAUAAUGGAGAUAGUUUACAUUGCUGUAUCAGUAAAAAUGGAAAAAAUCUUAUGAACAUAUACGGUCCAAAGAUCCACGGAGGAACUGAAACUGCCAACCCUGUGCUAGAACUUGAAAAAGGAGAUCAAGUUUCUGUGAAAGGUGUUUCUUCCACCAAAAUAUAUGGUGAACACUUCUCAUAUUUCUCAGCAGUUUAUAUAUCUCAGUGAAAUGGCUUGAAAAUAACAAUACAAGCAAAGAAAUGGUGACCAUUCCUUUUCAUCUCUUUUUUUUAAUUUUUUUAAAUUUUUGUGUCAAAAUCUUAAUUAUUUGGUCUUCUUUUGUUCUAAAUUAAAACUGAUUUGUACCA